GCGUCACCGGGGCAGGAAGGUUUCCUCAAUUCUGCAUUCCAGAGCCAUUCCUCGCUGAGACCGGGACCGGGCAGAGCCUGCCUGCCUUGGAGGGGGCUGAGAGACGGGAGCUGGGGCAGAGAGCGAGCAGAGGAAGCACCGACCCUGCUUAGGCCAUGGAAACGGGGAGCGCAGCCAGGACGAACGGUACCGGCGGCAAGCCCGAGGACGUGAAGAGCCCAACUGCCCCCAAAAAAGAAGAGGAAGCCAAGAAGGCCACGAGCCCUGGUGGAGGUGAGAAAGAAGCUAUAAAAGGCACGGGCGGUGCUGCGUUGGAGACAGGGCAAAUCAAGAGCUCCCUCUUCUCUGGGAGUGACUGGAAGAGGCCCAUCAUCCAGUUUGUGGAGUCAUCUGAUGAGAAGAGGUCAACCUACUUCAGCAUGGACUCGGCAGACUCCAAGAAGAUGCAGUUCAGCAGCGGCCAGAUCGGAGACAUGAGGAGACCAGCCCUGAACUUCCCGGAGAAGGGCGACCUCAGGAAGUCCCUGUUCUCCUUGGAUUCCAAAAAGAGCUUCCUGCCCGCUGACGGGGAAGGGAGGAAGUCCCUGUUCUCCGCUGGGCAGAUGGGGGACCUGAAGAAAUCUUCCCUGCCUCUGGUGGAGACGGGGGAUCUGAGGAGACCCUUCAACAAGGCCGACAGAGCCGCGGGCUCGCGGCCCCGCGUGAAGCUCGAGGACGUUCUCUGCGACUCCUGCAUCGACAACAAGCAGAAGGCUGUCAAGUCCUGCCUGGUGUGCCAGGCUUCCUUCUGCGAGCUGCACCUCAAGCCCCACCUGGAGGGAGCGGCGUUCCGGGACCACCAGCUCCUGGACCCCAUCAGGGACUUCGAGGCCAGAAAAUGCCCAGUGCAUGGCAAGACCAUGGAGCUGUUCUGCCAGACAGACCAGAUGUGCAUCUGCUACCUCUGCAUGUUCCAGGAGCACAAGAACCACAGCACGGUGACAGUGGAGAUCGAGAAGGCGGGCAAAGAGACCGAGCUGUCGCUGCAGAAGGAGCAGCUGCAGCUGAAGAUCAUCGAGGUGGAAGAUGAGGUGGACAAGUGGCAGAAGGAGAGGGACCGCAUCAAGAAUUACACCACCAACGAGAAAGCCACGGUGGACCAGCACUUCAAGGAGCUGAUCCGUGACCUGGAGAGGCAGAGGGAUGAGGUGAAGGCUGCCCUGGAUCAGAGGGAGAAGAUCGCCUCGGAGAACGUGAAGGAAAUCGUGGAUGAGCUGGAGGAGAGGGCGAAGCUGCUGAGGGAGGACAAGGAGAACAGGGAGCAGAUCCACCAGAUCAGCGACUCCGUGCUCUUCCUGCAGGAAUUUGGGGCUCUGAUGAGGAAUUACGUGCCCCCUCCAUCCCUGCCAACCUACAGCGUGCUGCUGGAAGGGGAGAGCAUGAGCCCGUCCAUGGGGCUGCUCAGGGACGACCUCCUCAACGUCUGCAUGAGGCACGUGGAGAAGAUCUGCAAGGCAGACCUGGGCCGCAACUUCAUCGAGAGGAACCACAUGGAGAACGGGGACCACCGGUUCAUGAUGAACAACUACGAGUGGAACCAGCCCGACAACCUGAAGAGAUUUUCCAUGUUCCUGUCUCCCAAAGCCAAUUUCAACCCACGGUCAUGGGAAUUUUCCUCCUUCCAAGCGACCGAGGAAACACUUGUAGGCAAUGGCACUAAGCUGCCUUUUCAGUUCUCCUCGGUGGGACAGAAUCCGCCCGGUGACUUCAGCAAACAGUCUGAUGGGAGCCUCUUCACUAAGACCGCCUACCCCUCCAUAGUGAGGCACCAGUCUGCAAAGGUGACGCCACAGACGUGGAAAUCCUCCUCCAAGCAGUCUGUAUUGUCCCACUACCGCCCCUUCUACGUCAACAAAGGCAACGGAGCCACCUCCAACGAGGCGCCCUGAGCUGCUGAAGGACGCGGGGAGAGCCGAGCGGAUUUCCACGGAUGCAGCUGCUCCCCUGGCACCCCC